GCCAACGGCGCGAGCGAUUGCCCGCCCGGCGCCAGCCAUUGCUUGAUCUCCUGCUCCUCGCUCUCUCUGCUCGCAUCGCUCCCACCCUCGCACGGCCCUCAAGCUCUCGCUCUCCUGCACGUUCUGCCACCGACUCGCCGUUGCUCGUUCGCCUCCCCCACUACCCCGCAAGCUUCCUCUCAUCGACCAUGUGCGGCGAGGCUGCGACCGCCUUCCUGCGCGCUCUGCCCAAGUGCGAGCACCACCUGCACAUCGAGGGCUCGCUCGAGCCGCAGAUGCUGUUCGAGCUCGCCGACAAGCACGGCAUGAAGCUCGACGAGGCCAUGUACUCGACGAUCCCGGCCCUCGAGGAGCGUUACCGCAACUUUGCCAACCUCGACGACUUUCUCGCCUACUUCAACAAGGCGAUGGACGUCCUCAUCGACGAGUCGGACUUUGCGGCGCUCGCGCACGCGUACCUCAAGCGCGUCCACAGCGACGGCCUCGUCCACGCCGAGGUCUUCUUCGACCCACAGGCGCACACGGGGCGCGGCAUCGCGCUCGACGUCGUCGUGCGAGGGCUCAAGAAGGGCCUCGCGCAGGGCGAGGAGGAGUUUGGCAUCACGACCGAGCUGAUCAUGUGCUUCGUCAAGCACCUGAGCGUCGAGUCGGCGCAGCAGGCUGUCGUCGAGAUGCAGCCGUACGUCGCGAGCGGCGACGUGAUUGGGCUCGGCGCCGACUCGUCGGAGAAGGACAACCCUCCGUCCAAGUUCGCCUCGGUGUACGACACGGCUCGCGAGGUCGGGUUCCCGCGCCUGACGAUGCACUCGGGCGAGGAGGGCCCGGCGUCGUGGGUGCGCCAGACCGUGUUCGACCUCGGGAUCAACCGCGUCGACCACGGCGUGCACGCCGCCGACGACGACGAGCUCCUCGACGAGCUCGCCGCACGGGGCACCUUCUUCACGCUGUGCCCGCUGUCGAACGUGCGCCUGCGCGUGCACACGAGCGUGAGCGAGUCGCCCAUCCCCAAGUUUCUCGAGAAGGGCAUCAAGUUCUCGCUCAACUCGGACGACCCGGCGUACUUUGGCGGUUACGUCCUCGACAACUACCUCGCCGUGCACGACGCGUUCGGGUUCGACAAGGCGACGUGGCGGCGCAUCGCGCAGAACGGCAUCGACGGCUCGUGGUGCUCGGACGAGCGCAAGGCGGCCAUGUCGGCGCGGCUCGACAAGGUCCUGAGCGAGUGGGAGGGCAAGGAGAUCUGAGCGGUCAACGAGGCAGAGCAGUAGACCUAGAUUAGAGCUCUCUCUCUCGAGUGUGUAUCAUGGUACAGAUGCAUUGCGGAGG